UCUCGGUUACCAGCAGCAGUUUCACGCAGGAGUGGGUGGGCUCAAGUUGGUGCCUUAGUUGCGCAGUGUGUGUGUGUGUGUGUGUGUGUGUGUGUGUGUGUGUGUGUGUGUCGGACUGCCGCUAGCAAUUCUUGUUAUGACUGCAAGGUCCUGUUUCAAUCAUUGGCGUCAGGCAGGCGCACGACACCAACUAAAACCCCUCCACUUUCCCCCUGCGUUGUAAAUAUCGAUCGGAAAGCGAAUAAGAAUCAACAAACUUCUUUUUACUUCAGUCCGCCACGGCUCUCUGUGCCACUCAAGAGCGUCCGUCGUCCGACUGCUUUCGGUGUUAUGGCGGAGCAGAACUUUUCCAACUUGUCUUGACUGUUGAGAGCGCUUGGUUUUGCUAAUGGAGCACCUCCAGGGAGCAUGGAAGACACUGAGCAACGGCUUCGGAAUGAAGGACCCUGUGUUUGAAAGCCCUUGCCUUUCACCCACCAUGGUCCAGGGCUUCCCGUACCAGCGUCGCUCCUCAGAUGACAGCAAAAUGUCUGACUCCAAGACAAGCAGCACAAUUCGUGUCUACCUCCCCAACCAGCAGCGCACUGUGGUAAAUGUGCGACCAGGUAUGACCCUGCAUAGCUGUCUUAUCAAAGCCUUGAAGGUGCGGGGUCUGCAACCCGAAUGCUGUGCUGUCUUCAGAUUGCACCCUGGGCAAAGGAGUAAAAAACUGCGGAUGGACUGGAAUACCGACUCCACCUCUCUGAUUGGGGAAGAGCUGCUGGUGGAAGUAUUAGAUCAUGUGCCCUUGACUACACACAAUUUUGUUCGGAAAACCUUUCUGAAGUUAGCCUACUGUGACAUUUGCCAGAAGUUUCUUUUGAAUGGUUUCCGUUGCCAAACAUGUGGCUACAAAUUCCAUGAGCACUGCAGCACCAAAGUGCCCACAAUGUGUGUGGACUGGAGUAAUAUCAGGCAGCUCCUGUUGUUCCCAACACCAGGUGAAAGUGGCGCGCCGUCCCUCCCACCACUGACAUCUCGGCGAAUGAGAGAAUCUUUAACUCGGUUUCCAAAUAGCUCUAUGCACCGCUAUUCCACCCCUCAUGCCUUCAACUACACCACACCCUACCCACCUACGGGGGGCGCUCUCUCCCAGAGGCAGCGCUCCACCUCCACCCCCAACGUCCACAUGGUCAGCACCACCCUGCCUGUAGACAGCAGCAUGAUUGAGCUAGACUGCCCGAAUGCUUCCCCCCGCUCCUGGUGCCAUAGAUUCUGGCUGAAGAGGAGAGUAGGUAUUGUGCACUUCUCCAAUUCUUUUGUUGAGGCGGCAUCCGAGAAUCCAGAAAAGGACGCGAUGCGUGAUCACGACUCUGCGGGGAGUUCCCCCAGCCAGAGCCCUACGGGUUGGUCCCAAUCCCAGUCCAAAACCCCUGCGCCGGCCCAACGAGAGAGGGCCACGUCCUUCAACACUCAGGAGAAAAACAAAAUUAGACCCCGUGACAAGCGGGAUUCUAGUUACUACUGGGAAAUCGAAGCCAGUGAAGUAUUUCUGCACUCCCGCAUUGGUUCGGGCUCCUUUGGAACUGUAUACAAAGGGAAAUGGCACGGUGAUGUAGCAGUGAAAAUAUUAAAGGUGACCGACCCCACACCAGAGCAGUUCCAGGCUUUCAGAAAUGAAGUGGCCGUUCUAAGGAAAACACGACAUGUCAACAUCCUGUUGUUUAUGGGCUACAUGACGAAGGACAACCUGGCCAUUGUGACCCAGUGGUGUGAGGGCAGUAGCCUCUACAAACACCUCCAUGUGCAGGAGACAAACUUCCAGAUGUUCCAGCUCAUAGACAUCGCUAGGCAGACAGCUCAGGGCAUGGACUAUUUACAUGCAAAGAACAUCAUUCAUCGGGACAUGAAAUCCAACAACAUCUUCUUGCAUGAAGGUCUGACCGUCAAAAUUGGAGACUUUGGUCUGGCCACUGUAAAGGCCAGGUGGAGUGGCUCGCAUCAGGUUGAACAGCCUUCAGGAUCCAUUCUGUGGAUGGCACCUGAGGUGAUUCGGAUGCAGGAUAACAAUCCCUACAGCUUCCAGUCUGAUGUGUAUUCCUAUGGCAUUGUCUUAUAUGAGCUGAUGACGGGGGAACUUCCAUACUCCCAGAUAGCAAACAGAGAUCAGAUCAUCUUCAUGGUGGGUCGAGGCUACCUGUCCCCAGAUCUCAGUAAACUCUAUAAGAACUGCCCCAAAGCCAUGAAAAGGCUUGUAGCAGACUGCAUCAAGAAGUCAAAAGAUGAGAGGCCGCUCUUUCCACAGAUUUUGUCAUCGAUUGAGCUGCUACAGCACGCCCUCCCCAAGAUCAACCGCAGUGCCUCAGAGCCAUCUCUUCACAGAGCCUCUCACCCUGAAGAUAUCAACACCUGCACUCUGACAUCCACCAGACUGCCUGUCUUCUAGAACACUCUCACAUCUGGCAGAUGCUCCUCUUUCUCUCCUUCCCCUCCUCGUCCUCAUCCUGUGCUAAAUAUUCGCAAUAGUCCAAACGCCUAAGAUACCCAACUGCUCUGCACAGAGAUCCAGAAAGAAACAUACAAAUGCAAAUACAAUCAUCUUACCUGAAACACACAAUAGAUAUCCAAUGUGUGUGUGGAGGGGGUGGGAUGGGAGAGAUUUGAAGCAGGUCUGAGAAAAACUAUGGAUGGGAUUGUUUGACAUUUACCAGCUCGUGGAUCUACAUCUGGAGAGAAGAGGAUGUCGCAAGCUACCCAACAGGCCGGUUCUUUGGUCACCGCUGCAGGAAUGAUUUAGCCUGGCAUAAGCUUUCUUGGUGCAGUGCAGUUGGUGAAAUUUGUAAAUAUGUGCACACACACCUACCUAGAGACAGAAAAAAAAAGACAUUGAAGGAAACGCGUGAGAAAGAGAGACAUCCCUCUCUUGACUUGGGCUUUGUGAUGUAAAGCACACCCUUCUGUUAUAACAGCCCUGGUUCUUGAUGAAGAGGACCUUCAAUGUUUAACUGCCUUAAGAGGAAAUGAAGCCUGACCUAAGACUCUGCACAACCUCACCUCUGGUUAUCUGAAACAAAGCAGUUGGGUGUAAUCUGUUUGGUUGCACAGUAGUAUUUGAUUUUGUAUUGUCUUAAUCAAAAUGGAAUUGAUAUGGGAAAUUAUUAUUGCCUUCAACCUCUUUUUAAUGCCUUCACUGUCUUUUUCCCUUUGGGAAUUCUGGAGAACUAUAACCUGUCAAACAUUAGUGAUUGAAGAAAACCUUGAAUUUGCACAUUUUAGCAAUAGCAAUGGCUAUAUUUUGGGAGUCCAUAACUUUGAUUCAUAGCGCUGAAUGCUCUGAUCUGUAGAUACCCACACAUUCUGAUCAGUUUUUAUCAUGGGUAGGUUAUAUGAGCUGGAUAUUUGGCAGUUGUCUUAAAUAUUUAAAAAUGAUUUGGAAACUAAUUUGCAUUUGUCUAUUGUUUCUCUUUCAGGAGGUUAAACGUUAUGUUGUAAACUUGGUGAGAAAGUUGUUUAUUCAAUGUUUAAUAAAAUUAAGUUAAAUUGCUUUGCCAACGCUGGAUAA